AAACAACAUCAAAACAAGGAGCUUAGCCGGGCGUUAAAUAUCACAACAGAAUUGUAACGAGGAUUAUUCGAGUUUUGGUGCGGCAAACGACAAAAGGAACAACUAGAAUUAAAAAGUUGUUGACGCAAUGCAGUUGAACGGCUUAGGAUCGCAAACAGUGACGAUGUCUGAGCCUCCCGAGCCGCCACCGCGAAAUCCCGAAAAGAUAAAUGCGUCGCUCAAGCAUCUCAGUGACACAAAAUCAACAAAAUCCUUAGAUCAUCAAUCGAGUCAGCAAAAUUCGACAUCCACGAAGAUUUUCAAAAGUAUCUUGUCCUUGGAUACACAAGCGAUGUCUCAAGCCACAGGCAAUCAAGGCACUUCUACGUCGCCCAAAUCGAGCGGCAGUGAAUCGAAUCAUCAUCACGAUCAACUUCGCGGUGCUGCCUCGCAAUUAUUUUCCGCCGCUACCUCAACAAUUUCAAAUAAAAUCAAUGAACUUGUUAACGGUAGCGGGCUUGUACUUGUCGCUGGCAGCGAAAAUACUCCCGUACCCGCAUCGACGACACCCACGGCGAAUAACAACAAAAUAUCGCCAACCGCGACAAAACUCGCCGCAACAACUGCCGUCGUCGCCGCUGAGAACAACAAUCAAACAAGUCCCGAAGCGCAAACGACGACGACGGCGACAACGACAGCUGAAGAGCAGCAUGUCAGUGGGCGCGUUUCUGUUGCGCUUGACCAACAAAAAACCCUGAUAUUCCCCAAUGAAACGGCGUCGCUGUAUAUCGAGCGGAGAGACAAUAGUAACGACAGCAUAGGAAAUGGCAGCAAAGUCGGCGAUGAGUUAGAAUCGCCUCGCACAAUGGAAAUCCGUCUCGAAAACGAACGCUUGCACGCUGAAAUCGCUGAACUGAAGCUCAUGUUACGGGAACAAUCGCCAGAGGGCGCUGUUGGCGGCAAUAGAAACAGUUACGGAUCCGCAUCUAAUGAAGAAAGCAACGUUCGCGUUGAAAAACUCGAAAACGAAUUGAGAAUUGCCAAGGAAUUAAUUCAAAGUUUAAAAUCCGAGCGCAAAAAGUUACGCGACGACAAAAACGACUUAUUGAACCAAGUGAAGCAACUUUGCAUUUCGUUGCAAGACAAGGAGAAGGAAUUACGGACUUUUAUCAGAACUUUCGAGCAGCGCAUUCGCGAUUCGGAGUCGAUUGCCAUGAAAAAUAACUCGGAUCGGGAGCGUGAAAGAUGGUCUUUGUUAAAAACGGCACGUGAUGAAGCUGAGAGAUCGUUAGCACUGGCGGCACAGUUGAAUGCACGAGAUAUGCAAUUGCAACGCACGCAAGAUCAACUGCAGGAAGCACGACGACAACUGAGUGAAUUCACUUCGGACCAAGAAAGCAUAGUUUCGAUGGCGCCAAUCACCCCGCCGCCAAAUACGGGCAUCAUGAGUCACAUGGGAGGACCAAAUGUGGGAUAUACGAAUUUGGGAAGCACGCCCGGGGAUCGGGGAAGUUGCAGUGCCGACUCGGGAGUGAGAGGCAACAGUGAUCGUGAAAGUGCAGCUGGAGACUUACAAUUGAGUGAUGGUCCUUGUGAAAAUGGUCCGUGCAUUACAGUUGACUCGGAUUCGAUUUCUUUGGUGUCAAGUCAUCAUAAUAUGUAUCAAUAUGGGACCCCCAAAGAGCGCAGUCCAACAUUAUCUCCUUUGAAUGCAGCUAAUUUUUCGCGAUCUGUUGAUAGUUCAGCACUUUCAAGAUCCGUUGAGCAACUUGGCUCCCCCGAUAACGAAGGUCCUCCCGUGAUGCGUCGCACUUCCAACAAAAUCAACAGUCUAACAACUCGAUUAACAGGUCGCGGAGGCACUUGGGGCAGCAUUUCGCGCGUUUUCGCUCGCAGUCGACGCAACAAAAAUCAAAUUGUCGAACAGGAAACGCAAGAUUUCCAAUGGAGUCCGUUGACGGAAGAAGGUUAUGCGGAAAAAUUGCGACUUUUACGCGAAGCAUCUACGGUCCCGAUGGAGAGAUGGCGCGCAUCGCAAGUUCUUGCAUGGCUCGAAGUAGCGCUCGGAAUGCCGCAAUACAGCUCGCGAUGCACGGAAAAUGUGAAAAGUGGCAAAGUUUUGUUGGAAUUAUCGGAUGCGGAAUUGGAAACGGGACUUGGAGCAACACAUCCGAUGCAUCGGAAAAAGUUGCGACUGGCGAUCGAGGAACAUCGACGCCCGGAUUUGGUGAGAUAUCCGACGAUUGGGCAACUUGGACACACUUGGGUUGCUUCUGAAUGGCUUCCGGAUAUUGGACUUCCGCAAUAUGCUGAACCAUUUUUGCAUUCGUUGGUUGAUGCGCGUAUGUUGGAUACACUGUCAAAGAAGGAGCUUGAAAAAUAUUUAGGAGUUACCAAGAAAUUUCAUCAAGCCAGUAUUGUUCACGCAAUUCACGUGCUUCGUAUCAUAAAAUACGACAGACAAACACUCGCCGUGAGACGACUACAAUCAGAAAAUAUGGAUGCAGAUCCAAUCGUAUGGACCAAUCAACGCUUUAUUCGUUGGGCACGAUCAAUAGACUUGGGAGAAUAUGCUGACAAUUUAAAAGACAGCGGAGUUCAUGGCGGCUUAGUGGUAUUGGAGCCAUCAUUCAGCGGAGAAACAAUGGCAAUGGCUCUCGGCAUCCCGCAAUCAAAAAGUAUCAUUCGACGACACCUGAUAACCGAAUUUGAGGCGCUUGUCCUACCAGCGAGAUCUCACUUGGGUCAAGGCAUUCGCACGCACGGCUCGAAUCAGGUGAUUCCAAUUACGGGACCAGGCGGAUUGCAAAAGUCAUCGGGCAGCCUACGGUAUACAACAUGGAAAGGAUCUCAGACCUCCCUUUCCCGCACUUUUGGCUUCCGUUCGAGUCGUUCCCGCUCUGAGCGCACUUCAACUUCGCCAACGCCCUCUUACAGCAGUUCCGAAGGCGGCAACUACGCCACCAUUGGUCAAAUGAUUCAACAUCUCCCUCCCCCGACGACGACGCCCCCGCCCAUUCCCAUCAAUAAUCGCAUCAGUGCGCCUCCAAUUGCGGGUCAUCACUCCACGCUGCCCCGUUCGAGCAGUCAACAUCGUCGCGUCAAGUCAAUCAGUGAUAUCGGAAGUGCCGCCGGCAAUCAGAGACCCGAAGAUGUCGAAUACGAGAUGCAUUCACCGAUGGGCGAACGACAACCCCCGCCGCCGACGGAAGCCAUCUACCGGGAAAUUCAGAAGAAGAGUUUGCGCGCGAUGCAGGAAUAAAUGACGACGCACGACGAAAUCUUUUGCAUAUCAUCAACAAUGAACUGAUUUUCCGUAAUCUAACAAAAAAAUCAGUAGUUUUUCUUCCAAUUUUUCCAAUUU